GCGGCGAGGCACCACGCGCGCUCACGAGCUUACCCGACCGCUCACGGACAUACCCGAAGUUGACGCACCGGGAAACUCGGACGCAACAGCUGAUCGCAUCUCGCCCGCGCACGUUCGAGAUACUCGCGCUUCUAAGAACUUAUAAUCCGAAUGUCGUCGAAUUUGUAUAAAAUUAUUAGACGCCUCGUGACUCAGCUAAGAUGACGAAAGUCAAACUGAAGCCAAGGGCGACGUAGAAUGUGAACGAACUGAGGAAAAAUUGUUUUUAAUUGUGAGUUUAUGUGUUUGUUGUGUAUAAAGACUAAUUAGUUGUAACGGACUUCUUGCUAUUUAAAGACUGAAGUAAUAGACAUUUUAAUUAAAUCCAAAGAAUAAUUAGCAAUAAAAACAAUACUCAUUAUAUCGGGAAAAACAAAAGACGUUACAACAAAAGAAUCCAAUUGGAAGUGCGCCAAACAUUACCAUAAAAAAAACAAUUAGAGAAAGUAUCGCCAUACACAGAUCCCAAACAGUCAAAAUCCACAGACUAACAAAAAAAAGUCAGAGUAACACGCCGCGAAGUGAUCAAAUACAAAGACUAAUUAAACAAAUCAGAGUAACAAUUAGACACAGACUAGUUACCCGCGCCAGAGUAACACAAAUCAGUGUUGUCUAGUGAUGCAGUGAUGCACCUGCCGUACGAGUCGCGGGGCCGACGCCGCCGGGACAUGGACCCGGAGCCGUGGUGGCUUCAGUCCGUCGUCGACGAGACGCUGGCGGAGCACCCUGACCUCGGUGAGAACCAUCUAGUCCGCACCGGCAGUCCCGACUACAUGUGCUCGAUGCUGCCCCAGCACUGGCGCUCCAACAAGACCCUCCCCGGAGGCUUCAAGGUGGUAGCCCUGAGUGACGUCAUCGACGGCACGCUGGUCACCAUCCGAGCUGGGAACGAUGAGAACUGCUCCGCUGAACUGAGGAAUAACACUGCUGUUAUGAAGAAUAGGGUCGCGAAGUUUAAUGAUUUGCGAUUCGUCGGGAGAAGCGGGAGAGGGAAGAGUUUCUCGCUAACCAUCACGAUAUCGACAUCACCGCCGCAAGUAGCAACAUACCAAAAAGCCAUCAAAGUCACCGUCGACGGACCGAGGGAGCCUCGAUCUAAAACUAGUACAAACGUAUCACCGCACCAAAUCCGAAGCAUAGGCUUCCACAGACAGUUCCUAGACACGUCCCUCCCCAUGCGGGACAUGGAGUACAAGAGUGCCACCAGGAGCUUGCGGUCCUUGUCACACGAGGAGAGAGAGUACAAGACCAACGCCAACCUACCCGUUGGAGAAACGGGCGGCAACAUCCUUGGAGCCAGCGAAUGGAACACAGGGUACUCCUCAACUGCCGCCGUGUACCCAGCCUAUGGGACUCUACAGCCUACCUAUUACAAGCCUGAGCCAGCGAUACAUAUACCUACAGUUCUUCAAGACCUCCCCCUACCUCACAGUGACUACAGCGGCUUCCAAUCCCCCAGCUCCGGCUUCGUAAAAGGAAGCCCGAGCGGCGCGGGCGCUCUAACCGAGCUCAACCCCACCACCUCGCAACGCUACGACCCCAACUACUACAACUCCUGGCCCACGAACAACUACAACUUCAACAACUACCAAUACAACAACAUAAAUAACAAUCCAUCCUGUCUACAAUCGCACACACCCUACAUAAACUCGAACCCACAGAUGCUCCUACCCAACCUCUAUUCAACUGUAAAUCAGAACCAAAUACACGUACAUUUACACAGCGCAGGCGAUAAACAUAACUUAGAACAGUACACAAUACCCACAGACAUCAAAAUUAGUGAUAUAGAUGGCGGUAUUUCUAUAACGGCUGAACUACAGGGCGGUGAAGCCAGCGGGCUAGUUCCAAGUUGCGAGAGCAAUGAUGAAGCGAAACAUGGACUUUACGGUGGCAAUCAGGACCAAGUGUGGAGACCCUAUUGACAUUUCGUCAGAACAAAAGACAAUCUUAAUAUUGUACAUAUUGUGAUGUAACAUGUUCAAUUGUUAAGAGGUGUCCCUAUUUGAGCGGCAUCGCAUCGGUACGAGCAAUAUUAUAUGUCUGACUUGCUUAGGUUGCUCAAAUGGGCACACUUUUAGAAUAUUUACUUAGUUGAUAUAUAUUUAUAACUGUAUAGAAAUAAUCUAAGCUCAAUUAAUGUUAAACAUUAAUUAUAUUACUUAAUUAAAAUGUUGAUUAUCUAUUAGAUGAUGAGUAAGAUAAUUAAAAUAUAAAAAUAUA